AUGGAUCCAGCCUCUGUCUUGCUUUCUCCUCAGUCCCAGGCCUGCUCCCACCUGGCAGAACCCUGCAAGGAAGAUGAGAGAAGCCCACCCUCCUGCGAGCUGGGCAGAGACUCCCCUUUUCCCUGGAGCCAGCUCCCCGUCUCCAGCCUCCCCGACCCAGGCUGGUUUGUGGAUGAGCACAUCCGGGCAAAGAGGGCCAGGGUGGAGACCAUUGUCCAAGGGAUGGGUCUCUCCCCCAGCCCUCUGGUACCAGGCAGUGCCAGAGCAAGGGACAACCCGUGCUGUCCAGAAAAGGCCCGGGAGCGGAAGAGGAAGCAGAGGCUUCCCAUGCAACAAGGCCUCCUGAAGCCAGACACUGCCCCAGACCAAAGCCCCAGGAAGGGGGGACCCGGGGUGCGCGAACAGCUUCAACUGCUACAGCAACGGCUCACACAACUGCAAGAGCACAUCCUACAGGCUUCGGAGCCCCGGGCCCCAGCUCAGGGCCUAGGAGGCUCUCAGCACAGGAGAGGGCCCCGGGGUGCCGGGCAGAGGGCGGGCUGUAGGACUAGCCCGUGCACUGCAGACAGUGACCCCCACCAAGCUGCCAACCAUGACCUCCCGGCGGCGCCAGACCCCAGAAUGGCCAAGGUGGAUCGCCAGCGUGAGGAGUCUACAUUCUGCCAGGCUUUGCUGGCUGUUCUGAGGACAGAAUUGAGCAAAGCAGUGGCCCAGGCUGUGGAAACAGUAUUACAAAAGGUGCUCUUGGAUCCUGCAGGCCACCCGACCCAGGGCAGAAGCUUCCAGGGACUAGUGACAGAGGGAAGAAGCCAGCCUCCAUCCCCUGGGGAAAGUGCCUAUAAAGACCCACUUGCUCUGGGCGCCCUGCCCAGAAGUGUCUACCUGCAAGCUGGGGUCCCUUUGGGAAGUUUAUCACUGACUGAGCCUCUGGAUUCUCCUGUGUGUCACAUCUCUCCAAGAGGGGUCCCCAAACCCCGUCAGGGCCCCCCAGCAAACUGUCCCUUAACAACCGUGCCCCUCCACACACAGGAAAAUCAGCUUUUCAGCCAGCUUCUGGGUCAUGGGCGCAGUGGCUGCUGCUGUGGUGCUCCUCCCCAGGGACCCUCUUCGCGAAGUCACCCGUGCCCAGAGUCCGCGCUGCCCCCUUGGGUUCUGAGCCAGCAGCAGCUCCCCUUGCCUUUCCCCACAGCCCUUCCAGCAAGUGGGCCCCUCCUGUCCUCAGCGAAGAGGGAGCAAGGUGACCUGCAGGCUGUGGCGGAAGCACUUCCUUUCUCUUCCAUCCACAUCCAGGAAGGCCUAAACGCUGGUCACUUGAAGAAGGCUAAGCUAAUGUUUUUCUUCACACGGUACCCUAGUGCCAACCUCCUGAAGGUUCAUUUCCCUGAUGUUCAGUUCAAUCGCUGCAUCACCUCGCAGAUGAUCAAGUGGUUCAGCAACUUUCGUGAGUUUUAUUACAUCCAAAUGGAAAAAUAUGCCCGGCAAGCAAUUGCAGAUGGUGUCACAAAUCCCAAAAUGCUGGUGGUUCUCCGUGAUGCAGAACUUUUCCGAGUUCUCAAUACACACUAUAACAAGGGAAAUGACUUUGAGGUCCCAGACUGCUUCUUGGAGACUGCCAGCGUGACCUUACAGGAGUUCUUCUGUGCUGUUGCCACAGGAAAAGACUCAGCUCCUUCCUGGAAGAAACCCAUUUACAAAAUUAUUUCAAAACUGGACAGUGACAUCCCGGAGAGAUUCAGAUCUUCCAGCUACCCCCAGGACCUAUGUCAAAGUUAA